AUGGCCACCCACCCCGCCCCCCUCGCGAAACUAGCGCUCCUCGGCACCACCGCGCUAUCGUCCCCCGCCGCCGCCGGCCACCUCGCCUGCAACCCGGCCAUCGACCUGACGGCGACGGUUGGCGAGGCCGGCGCCGCCCUGCUCGUCUGGCGCGCCGGCGACCAGGGCCUGGUCUCGAAAUGCGUCGAGCGCGGCAGGACCGUAGACGCCCUGGCCUGGAAGGCUGAUGCAUCGCUCGAGUCUGUGUUUCGGCCGUUCAAGACCGAAGAAGCCGACGAUGUACAUGUUAUGGUCGUGGGGACGACUGAUGGCGGGAUACAUCUCAGCAUCAACGACUCGUUCGUCAUCGGUACCGCAAAGCACUCCCCUCGUGGUGGUGACGAAAUUUUCCAUCUCUGCGGACACAGCUCGCGCCCGGAGGUUUCAACUCACAUGCUGUUGCUUCGACCAGAGACCGGGGAUGGUACCGCUUUGUAUUUGGUACCAAUGAAUCUGGCCUUCCUAGACUCCUCUCCGGCCAAUUUGUCGCUUUUGGCCUCCAAGACAACCACGUUGCAAAAUUUGCUGCGGUAUUUAAAAUCCACGCAGUCACACAUGGUCAGCGACUGGCAGUCGACGCGGGAGUUGCCACGGCGAUUUAUGGCCGGGGUCCAGGAUGAUCUCAAGAAAAUGCCCAACGGAGAUAUGACGGUCGUUCAGGCGCUUUACCACACGGUGGUUACAGGCCACGUCUAUGAGCCAGUGAAGGAGUGGCUUGUGGACACCCUCGGUGAACGAGGACACAAGCGCUGGGAAAAGGCGGUUGUAUCUGGCCUUACCAGUCUUCGUGGCCUGGUCCACGGAAAUUUUGUACCCGCACUAGAAAGGUGUGGUGCCAUCCUCAGCCGCCUGCUCGGAAUUGCGCGCUUCCACGGCACUGGAAAGGGCAUCGGGUUUGAUGAAGCCCAGAUUGCCAAGCUCAUGGAGAUUGUUUCGUGCCUGAUGAUGGUUGCUCACAGAAUCUUGACAGUCGUUAUGGACGAGCUGGAGUACUUCAACGCCUUCUCAAUCUGGCUGCGGCUGGAAAUCGACAAGCAAGGGUCGUCUUCAAUCACCGAGGAGUUGUCUGAGAAAGAGGCAACAAUGGACAGCCCCAGAGUGCUGUCAUACAUCCAACAUUACUUGGCUAGCAGUCCUUUGUCAGUGUAUUUCGACGAGGUCGCAAAGGAGGAUUACACCAAAGACCAGGAGAUGAUAGCGCCGGGCGUGUCUCUGGUUGACCUCUUAGACAAGCAGUUACGGGAGCAAGCGAGAGGCCGGCCAUACAUGAAGGUGUUUCCUCGCAUCGACUUUCUGUUGAACUAUUUGGUCACUAGCGCCAACGCUGUUUUUGAUGGCAUUGCCAACGCAGAGAAGCGGGGUGUCAAGUUUGGCCAAGGGACUGAAAUAUCCAUUGGAAGAAAGUUAUGGAAACAUGAUUUGUGGAUGGGCCGGCCUCAUAAGAACCUUUCAGCACCGACGUUUACCGCGAUGGUUCCAGAAGAUGACAAGUCACAGAGUUGGUUCGAUAUGCCUUUGCGGAUGACGCUUUCAGCUAACGUAUCAUUUAGUCUGCAUUAUUCGUACCGACGUCCCGCUUGCAGAAAGCGCCAACACCCCGACUUCAACAAGAGCUUCCAAAAAGGUAAGGCUGAGCCAUCAAGCAAAGUUGCAGGUCGUGUUAACAACAAUCUAGAAGAGCCAAGGUCGGUUCUGCUACGGAUCACCUACCAGUCACCCCAAAUGCUUUACCAGGGGUAUACAAAGGGGCAGACGCCUCCGGUGCUAGCGUUUGACGGCACAGAGAGCGAUGGGCUUGGUUCAUGCAUUGCCCCGUCCAACAUGUCUGGCUUUACCCCUGUUCAAAUGGUGGUUCAAAGGCCUAGCAAGUUGAGGGGUGAGAUUCCUGCCAGGGUGUGUCUUCUAGGGCGAGAUAAGGCCUUGUAUAAGACUUAUAUAUUUCCAAAUGACUUGGAUGACGGCAAUGAGCAACCUUAG